AUGGCGAGCUCCGAUGCACUCUUACCAAUCUUGGCCAGAGAAGAAGAACCAUUAUCAUCUUCCUACACACAAUUACCCGACGGGUCAAGAUCCGACCCGAGUCUCCGUAGACGACCCUUUAAAGGUCUCCUCGCCGUCUCAUUCGGGCUUUUGUUUAUUGCCUUUUACGGGGCCCUCAUAGCCACACACGACGGAUCUAGAUCCAACCACCUUAAAACCGAUGAAAAAGCCACGACGCCGUCACGUGCACGUCUCGCUGGUGUGUCGGAGAAAAGCAAUGAGCGGUUUUGGAAACUUUCCGGUGACGGGAGCACGACGGCGUUCGCUUGGAAUAACAGUAUGUUGUCGUGGCAACGAACGGCGUUCCAUUUUCAGCCUGAACAGAAUUGGAUGAACGGUCCAUUGUUCUACAAAGGAUGGUACCAUUUCUUCUACCAAUAUAACCCAAACGCAGCCGUAUGGGGUGAUAUUGUUUGGGGUCAUGCCGUGUCUAAGGACCUAAUCCAUUGGGUCCAUUUACCCUUAGCCAUGGUUGCAGACCAAUGGUACGACGCCAAUGGUGUAUGGACUGGCUCAGCCACAUUCCUCCCUGAUGGCUCUAUCGUCAUGCUCUACACCGGUUCCACCGACACAUCCGUGCAGGUCCAAAAUCUUGCCUACCCUGAGGACCCCAACGAUCCACUUCUGCUGAAAUGGACCAAGUUCUCGGGCAAUCCAGUUCUUGUACCUCCUCCGGGUAUUCUUCCAAAGGACUUCCGUGACCCGACGACUGCGUGGAAGACAUCUUCCGGAAAAUGGCGGAUCACGAUUGGUUCCAAGAUCAAUAGAACCGGAAUCUCACUCGUGUACGACACGACCGACUUCAAGACUUACGAGAAACUUGACACAUUGUUGCACCGAGUUCCAAACACCGGGAUGUGGGAGUGCGUUGACUUUUACCCGGUCUCUAAGACCGUGGUCAAUGGGCUCGACACAUCGGUCAAUGGACCAGAUGUGAAGCACAUCGUGAAGGCUAGCAUGGACGACACAAGGAUUGAUCAUUAUGCCAUAGGGACAUAUUUUGAUUCAAACGGGACAUGGAUCCCGGAUGAUCCUACUAUCGAUGUCGGAAUUAGUACUAGUUUAAGAUAUGAUUAUGGAAAAUUCUAUGCUUCAAAGACGUUUUAUGACCAGAACAAAGGUCGAAGAAUCUUGUGGGGUUGGAUUGGUGAAUCUGAUAGUGAGGCUGCUGAUGUACAAAAGGGCUGGUCUUCUCUUCAGGGUAUACCAAGAACCGUUGUUCUCGACACAAAUACAGGGAAGAACUUGAUUCAAUUGCCAGUGGAAGAAAUUAAAUCUCUUAGAUUAAGCAGCAAGCAAUUCGAUAUCGAAGUUGGUCCCGGGACGAUCUUACCGAUCGAUGUUGGUACUGCGGCUCAGCUAGAUAUCGAAGCGGAAUUCGAGAUCAACAAAGAAUCUAUCGACAAAAUCCUCCGAGACGCUUCGGUGGUGGCUGAGGCUGAGGAAUUUAGCUGCCAGAACAGCAGAGGCUCCACUAUCCGCGAUGCAUUAGGGCCAUUCGGAUUCUCGGUUCUCGCCGAUGAGAACUUGUCCGAGCAAACACCGGUUUACUUCUAUGUAGCUAAGGGAAAAGACUCGAAGCUCAAAACUUUCUUCUGCACGGACACCACAAGGUCAUCUUUUGCAAACGAUGUCGUUAAACCGAUUUACGGUAGCGUCGUACCGGUUCUAAAAGGGGAGAAAUUGACCAUGAGAAUAUUGGUGGAUCAUUCGAUAGUAGAAGCAUUCGGACAAGGUGGAAGAACAUGUAUAACUUCAAGGGUUUAUCCAACAAAAGCCAUUUACGGAGCAGCAAAGCUUUUCUUGUUCAACAAUGCUAAAGAUGCGACUGUUACGGCGUCGUUUAAAGUCUGGCAAAUGAACAGUGCUUUUAUUCAUCCUUACUCUGAAGAGGUUGCUCGUGCUCUCUCUCGCACCUGA